AUGAAUGGUGUACGCGACGUCGUUCUUCGUGUCAUAGUAACCUCUGGAGAAGGUCAGGGACAUUUACAAAUAUUAAAGCGUCUUUCUUCACCUCCAGAUAUUUUAAUGAGCAACAACCAUAUUUUGCCCAUACUAUAUGAGAUUAUCUUCCAGGACAUCAUUAUCUUGGCUGUUCCCAAGCUCAUUUUUAACCUGGAGGAUGCCUGUCGGCCUGACAAAUUCUCAAACUCGGUUGAAGACUUGUUGUACAUGGUUGUGCAGGCAUUCGAAGGUACUGCAUACCUUCAUCGAAACCUCAUCGCGCACCAGGAUCUUUUUUUAAACAAUUUUAUGGUCGAAUGGAUGCCUGGGUCGCUCGCUGAGAGGACUUCAAUGCUUCGACCACGAGUAUACAUCAUUGACUUUGAGGUGGCUGUCGAGUUUCCCGAGGACUCAGAAGAGGCCGAGAGACUGUGUGAUAAGUUUCCUUAUCCCCUCGACAUCUAUGCUCGGUACGUUGCUCCGGAACUGGAGACUAAUCAGGCAUACUGUCCUUUCCGACUGGACAUGUGGCAGUUGGGUAUGAAUCUGAAUAUGGCUGUUGAGACUGGAUUGGAAGAAAUUGACGCAAUAUGGCUAGGACUCUGUGCCCCAUCUCCUAAAGAUCGUUUGGAUGCUGAAAACGCCUUGAAGGCCCUUGAUGAGUAUCUUAGAAAAACACCCUCCUUAUAUCUCCAUAGAGAGCUACUGCCCCCCAAGGAUGAAGAUCUUUAG